AUGACCAUGAAGCAGCCGAGGGGCCGGCAGGAGCCGCGCCGGAUGGGCAACGCCGCCAUGGUCGUCACCAUGCUCGUCUCCCUCUGCGCCCUCACCUACAUCAAGGCGCGAUACUGCUCCAACCCCUUCCGUACGUCGCCGCCUCUCCUCCUCCUCCUGCUUGCUCCAAUUCCUCCUCCUCUAGCCUCCUCCUCAUCCUCCAAAUUCCAACCUGAGUACCUGACCGACACCACCCACUCACUGAUUCCAUCCACUGCAGCCAAGCCGGCGGAGGAGCUGGAAGUGGUGGAGGUGGACGAGGACUACGACAGCACGCGGUACAAGCUCUCAGGCCCCAUCGGCGAGGAGGACUUCGACCCAUCCCGCCCGACCUGCUACAACACCAGCAAGCGCUCCGAGCGGUGCGCCGCGGUGGGCGACAUCCGCGUGGACGGCAACCACUCCAAGAUCUACAUCAAUCCUCUGUCCCGCGAGUGGAAAACCAAGCCGUACGCGCGUCUGCACGACCCGGUGGCCAUGGACGACGUCCGCGAGUUCACGCUCGUCCCCUUCGGUGGUGGCGGCGGCUCCCCCAACCACACCACCGUCGUCCCGCCGCUCUGCACGCGGAACCACUCCGUCCCCGGGUUCCUCUUCUCCAGCGGCGGGUUCGCGGGCAACCUCUACCACGACUACGCCGACGUGCUGGUGCCGCUGUUCACGUCCACGCACCACUUCGGCGGGGAGGUCCAGUUCCUGCUCGCCGACAUCAAGGACUGGUGGGCCGACAAGUUCAAGCCGCUCUUCCGCCAGCUCUCCCGAUACGACGUCAUCGACGUGAACAACGACCAGGAGGUGCACUGCUUCCCGCGGAUCGUCAUCGGCUCCACCUUCCACCGCGCCAUGGGCAUCGACGCCUCGCGGACGCCGGGGGGUGAGACGGUGGCCGACUUCAAGCGCCUGCUCCGCCGCGCGUUCCGGCUGGAGCGCGCCGUGGCGUCGCGGUCGGGGGCGCCGCGGCGCAAGGACCGGCCCCGGCUCCUAAUCAUCUCGCGCAAGAGCUCGCGCCGGUUCGUCAACGAGCGCGCCAUGGCGCGCGCCGCGGCGGCGGCGAGGUUCGACGUGCGGAUCGCCGAGCCGGACAACCACACGGACAUGCCAAACUUCGCGCGGCUGGUGAACUCGGCGGACGUCAUGAUGGGCGUGCACGGCGCCGGGCUCACCAACAUGGUGUUCCUGCCCAGCCGCGCAGUGCUGGUGCAGGUGGUGCCGUUCGGCGGGCUGGAGUGGCUCACGCGGGUCACCUUCAAGGACCCCGCCAGGGACAUGGACGUCACCUACAUGGAGUACAACGUGUCGCUGGAGGAGAGCUCGCUCAGGGACCUCUACCCGGAGGACCACUUCUACCUCAAGCACCCCUACGACGUGCACAAGAAGGGAUGGGACGCCAUCAAGAGGGUGUACCUGGACAAGCAGAACGUCAGGCUCAACCUCACCAGAUUCACCAGGACGCUGGAGCAGGCGCGAGAUCUCUUGCCGUCGCCAUGA